GCUCGCGAGGCACGGGAGCGCUCGCGGAUGAAAGAGAGGACACUGCUCUCCGCAACGAAGCGACCUGUUUGUGUUUCACGGACAAAUACUGCUGCAUUAUCCAACACGAAAAGUAUGUCUGCCUCCCGUACGAUCAUAUGUUUACUGAGAAACGACUUGCGUCUCCACGACAAUGAGCUUUUCCAUUGGGCUCAAAGAAACGCAGAGUACAUUGUCCCACUGUACUGCUUCGACCCCAGACAUUAUGUGGGAACAUACAACUACAACCUGCCAAAGACCGGGCCUUUCCGCAUGCGCUUCUUACUGGAGAGUAUCAGAGACCUCAGAAACACACUGCUCAGCAAGGGCAGCAACCUGGUAGUGAGACGGGGUAAGCCAGAGGAUGUUGUUGCCGAGCUCAUCAAGCAGCUGGGCACUGUCAGCACCGUGGCUUUCCACGAAGAGGUGACUUCAGAAGAGCUGAAUGUGGAAAAAAAGGUGAAGGAUGUCUGUGCACAGAUGAAGGUCAAAGUUCACACCUGCUGGGGAUGUUCACUGUACCACAGAGAUGAUCUCCCAUUUCACCACAUAUCUAGGCUGCCUGAUGUGUACACUCAGUUCAGGAAGGCAGUAGAGACCCAGAGCAGAGUGAGGCCUGUGUUCCCAACCCCCGAGCAGCUAAAUCCUCUUCCUCCAGGGUUGGAGGAAGGAGCCAUUCCAACAGCACAGGACCUGCAACAGACAGAGCCUUUGACUGAUCCUCGCUCAGCCUUCCCCUGCAGUGGCGGUGAAAGUCAGGCUCUGGCCAGACUCAAACACUAUUUCUGGGACACUGAUGCAGUUGCAACUUAUAAGGAGACUCGUAACGGUCUGAUCGGUGUGGACUACUCCACUAAAUUUGCACCUUGGCUGGCGAUGGGUUGCAUUUCACCCAGGUAUAUUUAUCAUCAGAUCAAACAGUACGAGAGGGAGCGGACAGCCAAUCAGAGCACGUACUGGGUAGUUUUUGAACUUUUGUGGAGGGAUUACUUCAAGUUUGUGGGUAUGAAGUACGGAAACAGACUAUUUCAGGUCAAAGGACUUCAAGACAAAUCUGUGCCAUGGAAAAAGGACAUGAAGCUUUUCAAUGCAUGGAAAGAGGGACAAACAGGAGUGCCGUUUGUGGACGCCAACAUGAGAGAGUUGGCAAUGACAGGUUUCAUGUCCAACAGGGGGCGGCAAAAUGUUGCUAGCUUCCUUACAAAGGAUCUGGGCCUGGACUGGAGGAUGGGAGCUGAGUGGUUUGAAUACCUUUUGAUUGACCAUGAUGUCUGCAGCAACUAUGGCAACUGGCUGUACAGCGCUGGUAUAGGAAAUGACCCCAGAGAGAACAGGAAGUUUAACAUGAUCAAACAAGGCCUCGACUAUGAUAAUAAUGGUGACUAUGUCCGGCAGUGGGUCCCAGAAUUGCAGGGGAUCAAGGGAGCCGAUGUGCACACACCCUGGACUCUCAGCGCUGCUGCGCUGUCACAUGCUAACGUGUCCCUCGGUGAGACGUAUCCCACCCCCAUUGUCAUAGCGCCUGAGUGGAGCAGACACGUUAACAAGAAAUCGAGUGGUGCAGGGACAUCACCAAGAGGAAAGAAAGGCCCCUCUAACACUCCUAAACAGCACCGGGACAGAGGCAUAGACUUCUAUUUUUCCAGAAGCAAAAACCUGUGAUCUGCCAUAAGGCAAACAGAUGGAUGGUGCUCAGAGGAUGGAAGUUCCAGUGAUGCAAACCUAGACUGCUGCUGUAAAAUCUGUGUUGCAUACUGUUGUGUUGAGGGCAAUUGAAUUUGAAGAAUUUGGGGAAAUGCAUGUUCCCACUGACACUUGCAUAGAUGGACUUGACUGAUCUACAUUUAUGCUAUCAGUUCUCUAGAAAAAUAAGGCCACGUAAACCCUCUUUCACAGACUGUUGUUUUUUUUUAUGUUUCCUGUUGUGCUGCAGCAACCAGUGAAAAAGGACACUGCGGUUUUUGAGACAGUGGAUCAGUCACAAAGAUCUGUUGGCUUAUGUUUUUGCGCAGAUUAUUUUCUUGCAGUUUUAUUAUGCGUGUUUGAAUACACAGCUGUUGCUACUUUGUGUUCAUUUUUUAAGUUUGCCUAUUUUUGGCUGUUACAAAAUAAAACACUCAGGAGAGUUUUUGUGAUUUUGUUAUGCAGUGUAGUAAGUAACACCCUUUCAGUGUCUGACUUCAAAACUUCAAAUCUUGAUUUCGGUUUUUAUUGUUAUUAAACACUAUUAAAGGAAACGAGGUGGAGCAA